GGUUUGCGCUUUGUACUGACGAUGAUUUUUGCCAUUGAAGAAAUCAACAAGAACCCAAGGCUGCUUCCUAAUGUUACCCUGGGUUACCGGAUUUAUGACACUUGUACCAUGCCGUCUUUAACUCUGAAAGCAACUUUCCAGUUUUUAAACAGAGAUGAAGUCAUUUCCUCCAACUUGGCUUGCUCCAAGUCUUCCACUGUCUCUGCUAUUGUUGGCGAUGCGGCAUCCUCGCAGUCUGGAGCAAUGGCAACUUUAAUUGGUCCGUUCAGGAUUCCUAUGGUCAGCUACUUUUCCACCUGCGCAUGCCUGAGUAACAGGAAUGAAUACCCAUCGUUUUUCAGAACCAUACCGAGUGACUACUUUCAGGCAAGAGCCUUAGCCCAUCUGGUGAAACGCUUUGGUUGGACAUGGAUCGGGACGGUUAGAAACGACGAUGAUUAUGGUAACUUUGGGAUGCAAGCUUUCACCGAAACUGUCCAACAUUUGGGAGUUUGCAUUGCUUUCUCUGAGUCUAUUCACAGAAGCUACCACAGAGACAAGCUACUUCGAAUCGUAGACACUGUCCGGAAAUCUUCAACCAAAGUUGUAGUGGCAUUCGUUGCGCCCGAGGAAAUGAGCAUUUUAUUCAGUGAGAUUGCUCGACAGAAUGUCAAUGGCGUACAAUGGAUAGGAAGCGAGGCUUGGGUAUCUACGCAGUUUCUACCCCCGGAAGAAAGCAGGCGGUUUGUCGCUGGCGCAAUCGGAGUUGCAAUUCGCCAGGUAGAUAUACCAGGACUGAGAGAAUUUCUCAUGGACGUCCAUCCUUCCAUGUAUCCAGGUAACCGUUUAGUGAAGGAGUUUUGGGAAUCAACUUUCAGCUGUGCACUAAGAGGCACAGAUAACAGAAUAGAUCAAGUUCCCUUAACCAUGAUGAAAGAAUGUACCGGAAGAGAGAGUUUGCGAUUGACACACAAUGAACUUACUGAUGUCUCACAGUACCGGGUGACUUACAAUGUUUAUAAAGCUAUAUAUGCCAUAGCGCAUACUCUUCAUAACAUGCUGUCGUGCAAAAGUGGCAAGGGAACAUUUGUCGAAAAUACUUGCGCAGAUAUCUCAAGUUUCCAACCCUGGCAGCUACUGCAUUUCAUGAAAACAGUCAAUUUCACGACCAAGAUCGGUGAGAACGUCUAUUUUGAUGAUAAUGGAGAUCCAGUGGCUACCUAUGACAUCGUAAACUGGCAACCCAAUGCGGCUGGCGGCGUGGACAUCAUCGGUGUUGGAGUCUAUGACGGCUCAGCCCCCCCAGGGAAAGAAAUUAUGUUAAAGGAUGAAGCAAUUAUAUGGAGUGGAGAUCAGAUUACGGUUCCACGAGCAGUUUGUUCCAAAACUUGCCCCAAUGGAACAAGGAAAGCAACAAGGAAAGGACAACCCCUUUGUUGCUUUGACUGCAUUAAAUGCGCUGAAGGUGAAAUUAGCAACGUCACUGAUUCACCAGAUUGCAUUAAGUGUCCACGGCAAUACCGGUCCAACCGGGGACGUGACGAAUGCAUCUUAAAGGAAAUCGAGUUCCUUUCUUUUGGUGAGCUGAUGGGUACUAUUUUGGUGACUCUGGCAUUUCUCGGAGCCUCUAUCACAAUCAGUGUAUUUGUUUUGUUUUAUGUUCACAGAAACACUCCAAUUGUUAAAGCAAACAACUCCGAGUUGAGUUUUUUGCUUCUUUGUGCAUUAACCUUGUGUUUUCUGUGUUCAAUGACGUUCCUUGGAGAACCUUCUACCUGGUCCUGUAUAUUGCGUCACACAGCAUUUGGUAUAAUUUUUGUGUUUUGCAUUUCGUGUGUUUUGAGUAAAACAGUUGUUGUGGUGAUGGCAUUUAAUGCAGUCCUUCCCAGCAAUAACAUGAUGAGGUGGUUUGGACCUACACAGCAGCGCUUAUCUGUGUGUGUCCUUACACUGGUGCAAUGUGUAAUAUGCUCAGUCUGGCUAAGAACAUCACCUCCUUAUCCUCUAAAGAACAGUGAUUAUUUCACUGAAAUAAUUGUUUUUGAAUGCAAUGUAGGUUCACCAAUAGCUUUUUAUUGUGCGCUGGGUUAUAUUGGAUUUCUGUCUUGUGUGUGUUUUGUGGUUGCUUUUCUAGCUCGUCAACUUCCAAACAAUUUCAAUGAAGCUAAACACAUCACUUUUAGUAUGCUUAUCUUUUGUUCUGUGUGGCUAACUUUUAUUCCAGCAUAUAUCAGCUCCCCUGGUAAAUACGCUGUAGCUGUGGAAGUCUUUGCUAUUUUAGCAUCUAGCUAUGGACUAGUUUUCUGUAUUUUUGCCCCCAAAUGUUAUAUUAUUUUGCUGAGAAAAGAUAGAAACACAAAGAAGCAUCUGAUGGAUAAAACAACUUCCAAUGAUCAUUAG